UUUUUACCGCCGUACCGCCUUUUCCGUCAUACGGCGGUGUCAGCUCGACACUGCCGCUUGACGAGGUACAGAUCACUUUUACAGGCAGUCGUCCUGACCUUCUCUCCGGCUCCUUUCAGUCGUGCUUUCCGCCCACCAACGGGUUUUCGUCUCAUCCUCCUGUCAUACCUCUCUCGCUCUCUUUCGCAUCAACCACACGUCCUUCGCCUUCGAUCUCUUCCGUCUGCUCCGUCUCUUCUAAUUGUCCACUGAAAACCACCCUCACCACUACCACCUCAAGUAUGACGAAUGGAUUCGUGGCUUCUGCUUUCGGAGGGAUUCCCGGCAGCUUGAUCAACGGUGGCAGUAAAUAUGAGGAAGGAAGGGACAGCAUCAGUACUGCCAACACUUGCAAUGGCGUUGGCGGUAGCAGCAACACCAACCAAGUUUAUAAACUUCAUAAUGGCAACGGCUUGAGUAAAGUUCAUCACGUAAGAGGCCUCGAGGCGGCUGAUACAGAUACGACAACUACGACUGCAUCAAGUUUAAAGCUAAACUAUGGUUUGUCUUCCGAGGUGGUGCUUCGUGGCCAGCCAGAGGGCAGUAAGAUGGUAAUUUUUCAUUUAUAA